ACUGUGAAAGAAGUGGAGGACAGUGAAAAGCUUUUCACUGAACUGUUACAGUCUAUAAAAAAAGGAGAACUAAGCUUGUCAAGGUAAUAGAGGAGAGGCAAAAAGCAGCGGAGAGGAGAGCUGAAGGGCUCACCCAACAGUUGGAGCAGGAAAUCACUGAGCUACAAAAGAGAAGCACUGAGUUGGAGCAGCUCUCACACACUGAGGACCACCUCCACCUCCUACAGGUCAGUGUCCCUCUCUGUGAUCAAUAGGUUAGGGUUAAUCUAUAUCCUCAAUAUACUGUAAAUGCAUGAAGUGAAAACUUGCUGAACUCCUGAGAUAAUGAAUACAUUUUGGGGAGUUGUAGAGUUUGCUGUCCCUUCGCACUCCUCCGUCUACUAAGAAAUGGUCCAGGGUGAGUGUUCACACUGAUCUGUGUGUGGGGACUUUGAGAAGAGCCUUGUCUCAAAUUGAGGAAAACAUAAGAGGAGAACUAAAAGUUCUUACAGAAAUAGAACUCACAAGAAUGCGAGAGUUCAAAGAUGAAGUCACUCUGGACCCCAACACUGCAAAUCGUUGGCGACAGCUCUCUGAAGACGGAACACGAAUAAAGUACGCCAAAACAGCCCAGAGGGUGUCUGACAAUCCAAAGAGGUUUGACUACUACUCAGCGGUCUUAGGAGAGAAGGGCUUCAACUCUGGACGCCAUUACUGGGAGGUCCAGGUGGGCGUGAGUGGGAGGUGGGAGGUCGGCAUUGCCAUGAGGGCCGUCAACCGGAAGAAGGCGGUGAAAAAGAAUCCCGAACAUGUCUUCUUUCUUCUGUCAAAGAGCGGAUACUUGGGGUAUGAGGCUGGUUCUUCACCCUCUACCACCCUCAAUCUGAACCCCAUACCGAGAAGAGUCGGUGUGUAUGUUGAUUACGAGAAAGGGCAGGUGUCUUUUUAUGAUGUGCUGGCAAACUUACACCUCUACUCAUUCCUUGGCCUGUCCUUCACCGGGAAACUUUACCCUUACUUUUACCUCUACAGCAUGAAAAAGAAGUCUGAGUCGCUGGUCAUUUACAUCGAUUGGACAAAGGUGUACGAAGACCAUUUGAGGAGACUCGCUAAUACCGCAAAGUGAAGAUACUCACCAUAAAAGGCUAGAUACUAUUACUCAAUAGUACUCAAUAUUACACAAAAUUCAUUUACUUGUCACACCUCACUAGUUUCCUCUGAUGUAGUAUAAUACUAUAUCAUGUUUAUAUAGCAUGUGUUUCCUCAUAAACAACAGUAAAAGUUAUAAAAUGUUACAUAAAGUUAUGUUGUCAUCAAAUAUGUGUGUGAAAUUCUGCUGUAUUUACAUGUUUCAAACAUUGUUGUAUGCAUAAGAUUUGCAAGAGAGGAAAGUACAAUUGAUGACAUUGAACAAGGAAAGAACAACUCGAACAGCGUGAACUAUUAUUUGCACCCAGGCCUGCUGUGGCCGUGACUUGAUUGUAUCUCUGAUUAUUACAUUAUUAUUCUCUGCCUUGCCAUUUAGCAUUAAAUGCCUAUUUGCAUAAUCUACCUACUCUCUCAGAUGUGUAUUGCAUUCUAUGUAAAAACAUGUACAUAGAUUUUCAACAAUAUA